UAUUCAUUUGUUACUCAAACGUUACUAUAAUGAGAUUUCGCUGGAUUAUUCUUUUUUGCACAAUAAUUGUUGGCAUCGUGUGGUGUUGGGAUGUACUCGCAGAUAUGGGCUCCAGACGUUUAGGAAAGGAUGGAUACGUUUUCAAAAAUGAAUACAUUUUCGGAGAUUGCAAGAAUCCUAAGAAGAUUUAUUACGAAAAACAACACAAGACUGUUCACGAAGUACAGCGUGCGUCCGUCAUAAGGGAUUGGCUCUUAGAAAUUACCAGAAUACCGACAUGCAUUAUUAUAAGAGCAGAUUCAUAUGAAACCAAUGCAUUUCGUCUCACGUAUUAUAAUUUCGAAAUCUGCGUACCCCGAGUAAGUUUCUGUUAUAAUAAAAAAAGAUGGAACUACUAUUACUACGAAUGGUAUAUUCCGAAAGGUAUUACUUAUGGCUCCGAUUGGGAUCUUUAUUUCUACGGCCCAAACAAAAGUGAUUGGACACUACAGUGGGGUUAGUAAAAACAUUGAGAAAUUCGUAUCGAUGAUUUACGAGUCCAUUAUACGAUAACGAAGGAUACUUAACAUUAAAACACGA